AUGAAAAUCAUAUUCAUAUUCACCAAAUUAUGCUCUACCACUUCGAGAAAGGUUGGAAUGCAACCCAGUCAUUUUGCGAUCUCAACGAAUUUUUUGGUGAAGCAACAAUCAGCAGAAGCCAAGUUGAAAGAUGGUUUAAGAAGUUCAAACCUCGCAGAUGAAAAAGGAAGUGGUCAACCAUCAAAUUUCGACGACCAGGCACUUUUGGCAGCUGUGGAAGAGGACGAAAUCUUGACAACGAGAAUGUUGGCCGAAGACUUCAAUGUGGACCAUUCGACCAUCGUUCGUCGUCUCAAAAAGCUCGGAAAAGUAUGGAAAUUGGCUGGAUGGGUCCCCCACGAAUUCUGA